GGUUCAACUUCGACUCCGUCGCGUGCUCGCCGUGGCUCUUUCCUCAUGGCUUCUGCGUUAGCAAACUCCACCGUCACUAUCGGCGGAAAGGGUUCCUCCGUCUCGCCUUCGGCCGUAUACGCCGUCUCUCGUGGCGUAUCCUCCGUCAGUAUCGACGCCGCCGCCUUUGAGAAGCUCUCCCAAUCCAAGCGGCCUUCUCCGGUGGAACGUGCUCAGGAUGAUCCUUUGACACCCCUGUUGUUGACUGCGGAGGAGUCUCGCGCUGCCCUCGUCGUUCUUCUCAAUAAGCUCGUCCUCUGCGACGCCGCUAUCCGCCCCGGCCUUCUGUCUCUCAUCGUGGACACGCUAAAUCUUGCGUCAGGCCACGAAAGAAUCAAUUUUUGUUCGGCUUCAGGGUUUGUGACCUCGAUCGCCUUCAUGAAUGCGAGGAAUCCUGACGAGAUUCUAGUCGGCCGGGAAGAGAUUGGUGUUUUCGAGUCUUCGUGUGCUGCAUCGGUUGCGAUCUGCGCUAUCUUGGACUGCUGCUCAUCUGCUCUGAUGAAGGUCGUUGAUGCCGUGGCAGCUUUGUCUUGCGAAGCUGCUCGCGCUGAUGUCUCUGCGUUAGAUUUAUUUAGCUCAGGAGAUGGAUUCUCCAUGAAGGAUGAGAUCGAUGUGGCAAGCGACAUGAAGACGUUGCUGUUUGGGUCGAAGCUUGUGGGGCAGAAUGAUUCGUCGUUCUUCAGUGAGAUUACUACCGUCAAUGGUAGCUUCAGGGAGGCUGUCAGGUUACUCCAUGUCCGAACACGGGUUGAGUUGAACUCCAGUACUAAGGUCAAGAAGUCAAAGGUUAUUGCAAAUCAAGGAAAAGAGAAAGCUUUUAUUGCAUCAGUCUUGCCACUAGCAAUGUCAAUUCAGUCCUUGAGUGAGAGUAGCUUGGGUCGAGCUAAAUCUUCUAUUAAUCUUAUCAGUGAUAGUAGCUUGCGAUCUAAGGUGGUUGAGGUUUUUGAGAAAUCGUGCCCGAACUUGGAUGGUCUGAGAGAUCAAUUUCACUCAGUUACAGAAAAUGCUGCCUCUGGAUCAAAUUAUGUGCGUGUUCUUCAAUCUGUGUAUUGUCUUUUGGUUAAAUUUAGGGACAUUCUUGCUUGGGAAGCAGUUUUGGCUUUGUUUUCCCUAGAAAUAGAUGACUCGAUUGAGAGAGCUCAAGUGGAUUCUUUGAAGGACAACAAACCGGAUGGAGAUAUUGCAAAAGGAGAGAAGAAGAUUGACAAGAGAAAAAAGAAAACAUUAGGCAAAGGGACUUCUUCCAUAAGGCAGCUUCUUAGAGACAGUGCUUUGUGCAAACUUUCUACUGAAAAUGUUUCAAUGUUGGUUGAGUGGGCAUCUGAUCUGUCAAAAUAUUUCGAUCCCAUGGACACUAGACUAGAUAUUCUAUUGUCAAAGGUUAAGGAAAUAGUUGAGAGCAAUGAAGUCAGGAGACUUCCUAAGAUUCCUAAGGGGACACGAGAUUUUGGGAAGGAACAAAUGGCUAUUAGAGAGCGUGCUUUCUCCAUUAUUACAGGUGUUUUUAAGAUGCAUGGUGCUGUUGCCCUUGAUACUCCUGUAUUUGAGUUAAGGGAGACUCUCAUGGGUAAGUAUGGAGAGGAUUCGAAGCUGAUAUAUGAUCUUGCUGACCAGGGUGGUGAGCUCUGUUCUCUGAGAUAUGAUUUAACUGUUCCAUUUGCAAGAUACUUGGCCAUGAAUAAUAUCAAUGCACUGAAACGGUACCAAAUAGCUAAAGUAUACAGAAGGGAUAACCCAUCAAAGGGAAGAUAUCGUGAAUUCUAUCAAUGUGAUUUUGAUAUUGCUGGCCAAUAUGAAACAAUGGAACCUGAUUUCGAGGUUAUCAAAGUUUUGACUGAACUGUUGGAUCAACUUGACAUUGGCAGCUAUGAGAUUAAGUUGAAUCACCGAAAGUUGCUGGAUGGGAUGUUGGACAUCUGUGGAGUGCCCUCAGAAAAAUUUAGAACAGUUUGCUCAAGCAUUGAUAAAUUGGACAAGCAACCAUUUGAACAGAUUAAAAAGGAAUUGGUAGAAGAGAAGGGUUUAUCGACUGAAAUUGCAGAUAAGAUUGGUUCUUUUGUGAAGAGAAGAGGGCCACCACUUGAAAUUCUAUCAGAACUGAAAAGAGAGGGUAGUCAAUUUUUGGAGAACGCUGGUUCAAUUGUUGCACUAAAUGAGUUGGAGAUUUUAUUCAAAGCUCUUGAAAAAGCAAAGUGUUCAAACCGAGUGGUGUUUGACUUGAGCCUUGCAAGAGGCCUUGAUUAUUAUACUGGAGUCAUAUAUGAAGCAGUUUUUAAAGGAGCUACACAGGUUGGGUCUAUUGCAGCUGGGGGACGAUACGAUAAUCUGGUAGGGAUGUUCAGUGGAAAGCAGGUUCCUGCAGUAGGUGUGAGUCUCGGAAUCGAGAGAGUCUUUACACUAAUGGAGCAACUUGAAAAAGACAGAAAUCAGGUGAUUCGUGCCACCGAGACACAAGUUUUGGUGGCCAUUCUAGGGAAGGAUCUCACACUGGCUGCAGAGAUUGUGAGUGAACUGUGGAAUGCAAAAAUUAAAGCAGAAUUCAGCCUCACCAAACGAGUAAUGAAUCAUAUUAAUCGCGCAAAGCAAUCGGGAAUACCCUGGAUGGUCCUUGUGGGAGAGUCCGAGAUAACCAGCGGCAUUUAUAAGCUAAAGAACAUCGAAGCCAACCAAGAGGAGGAGAUUCCAAGAGAAAGAAUUGUUGAGGAGCUCCGUAUAAGGCUCGGUAUCAUCUGAGAAAGGAUCAAGUGAUUAUAGACAAGGUAUAACUAGGAAUGAGUAGGCCUUUUGUUUAAGCCUAUCCGAGCUCUAUUGUAACUUAAAAAAAAAAACAGGUUUGAAUGUCGAACAUUUGUUUGCAUUAGGACCAUGGAGAGCUAAGAUGAUUUCUUCUCUUCCAUCCUGUAUAAUUUUGAUUUAAAUCUCAAUUUAAUUACGAAGGUUCUUUAUGACA